CUGCUGUCUGUCUGUCUUCCUUCUCGGUCUAGUGCAAGAGAGAACCAAGAAAAACCUUGUCUCACAUGCUGCAUGGAGGGAAGAAGGGAGGGCAUUGCUGUGGCCAGCGGCCAUGGAGCAGCAGCAGCAGCAGCAGCAGCAGCAGGCUUCGGCCUGUUCAUCAGCGGAGCAGACGUGUCGCCCAUGGCUGAAGCACAAGAAGCAGCGGCGGAAGGGUACCACCGGUCUUCCCCCUCCUCGCCGUCGACGUCCCCCAGUACUCCCUCACCUCGUCCAGCCGCAGCUGGCCAUGGAGGACGCGGGGACGGCGCCGCCGCAACGGCAGCCGCGUGGGGUCUCGCCGGCGAGAAGACGACGCCGCGCGAGGCUGGAGGGGACAGCGGCGUGCGGGUGUCAGGCCGCCACGGUGAGCACGCGAGCUUGAGCUCCUCCGGACGGCGUCGUGGACGGCCAAGAGGGUCCGGGAGGCGCCAGAUCCUAUCCACUCUAGGGGAAUGGUAUGCUGUGUCAGCUGGAGGGAGCUUCACGCCUCAUGUCAUCGUUGUUGCUACAGGGGAGGAUGUAGCAGCGCGCAUAAUGUCCUUCUCCCAGAAGGGCCCACGCUCGGUUUGCAUCCUCUCUGCCAAUGGCACCAUCUCAAGUGUAGCAUUGAACCAACCUGGAUCAUCCGGUAGCACCUUCUCCUACGAGGGCCAGUUUGAGAUUCUGCAACUGACUGGCUCCUUCACAAUAGCGAAGGAAGGUGGUCGGAGGAGAACCGGUGGGCUCAGUGUCUCACUUGCUGGCCCUGACGGCCGUGUCGUUGGCGGUGUAGUAGCCGGGAUGCUGCGUGCUGCCAGCCCUAUUCAGGUGAUUGUGGGGAGCUUCUUGCCCAACAGCCUGAAGCAGCAUCAGAGAAGAAUGGGCCUACAUCAACAACCCUCUGCUGCGCCAGCAUUGCCAGCACCUAUGGCUCCUCCCGCUGUGCUCACAGCCGCAAUGCCCAUUUCUCAGGCAGCUCCUGGCAACAAUGGCUGCCAUUCGCCACAGGUUUCAUCCAUGCCUACACAGUCCCAUGCUGGUGUGGAGCACAGCUGGGCAGCUAGUGGUGCCAUGAACCUGAACAUCUCAAGCUCCAGUACAGGUUUCAGCAUGGCUGGGUGGCCUAGAAGCUCGCAGUCCAUGAGGCACAGGCCUUCACCUGACAUCAAUGUCUGCUUGACUCCUCAAGAGUAGGAUCACUGUCACUUUUGUUUUGGUCGCUCCAUGCCUACAUGUGUUGUGUUGUGGUUGUCACGUGCCGAUGCCAUGUGUUUGGGUUUAUAUAAUCAGUUUGGUCUGCGAGAUUUGCUUAGUCUAACAAAAAGUAACAAAAAGUAUCUCGAGGUAUCGGUACCUCGUGGUACCAAAUCGUUUCUGAUUAUUGGAUCUAACGAUGCAUAUCCUACUCAGUUAGAUUCAAUAGGGAAACGAUUUGGUAUCUCGAGAUAAUUUUUGUUGGACUGAAGCAAAUCUCUUGGUCUGCUGUUUAGUUCUUGUAAGAAACUAGCCAACAUAAGACAGUUCAGCCAGAAUCUGACAGAAUGUGAUAGUUUUAUGUCUUCAUCUGGUUGUCAGAAUGCCAUUCUUCUGGGACA